AUGGCCGUCGCACUCGAUAAUUUUGGUGUCGGCCAAAAACAGACCUACGUCGUGGCUGGAACCACGGUCGGUCUCGUGCUGGCCAUCGUGACCUACAUGGCGCGCCUCUACACCCGCCUCACAUUCAAUAAGACCAUAUAUCGAGAAGAGUGGUGGAUGGGCGCUGCGGUCCUUGUGACCUGCGGAGCGGCAGUCUGUUUACUCUAUCAACUUACGGUAGGUUUGGCGCAAAACGUGGACGAUGUGUCCAACUCAGACCUGAGAAAGUUCAUGAUUGCUCUCUGGAUGAUGCAGCGAUUGCAGCCAAUCAAUAUCUUUUGCAUCAAGACUUCCAUUAUUCUCUUCUACAUCCGUAUAUUCGAUACGCCAAGAUUUAAACUCGUGGCAUUCAUCGUCUGGAUUUACACGUUACUACUGGCCAUCAGUAUCUGGUUUGCUACGCUCCUUGAGUGCCGUCCGAUAUCCUUCUUCUGGGACAAGGACCAAGAUGGGGGCGUUUGUGUCAAGAAUCCCCUCAUCACCAUUGGUCUCACGAGUGGUGUGCUUUCCUGCGUUGGUGAUAUUGUCAUGUUCCUCAUGCCAAUACCGGCAUUAAGCAAAUUACGACUUGAGCCAAAGAAAAAAGGCGGCCUUAUCGCCAUCUUUUUACUUGGACUCUCUGUCGUCUGCACCAGUUUCAUUCGAUGGGUUGCCCUUUUGGGAACCGAUGCAAACAUUACAGCAGCCCAAGUCGAGGCUGGGGUCUGGACAUUUCUAGAAGCCGCAGUUGGAAUCACUUGCGCCAACCUACCUCUGAUGGCACCUCUAUUCAGGCGCUGUCUUGGCAGUGCCUCUAGCGGCCGGUUCAAGCGAAAUCAAGGACCCAGUGAAGUCUCCACGAUAGGGACGGCAAGAAUGGCAGGGAAAAGAGGCCAGAAUUACCAGUUUUCCAUAAUUGAGAGCCUGAAUGGGAGUGAGGUGGAGCUUGCCAACCCGGACCAUGUUGCAUCAGGGCCGGCAGAAGCGCAGGCUCCUUUAAUAUCCGAUGGUAGUAUGUAUGUUUAG